AUGGGGUUCAUCAGUAAUCUAGACAUCGCCCUAACUUGGAUCCUCCCAUGCUUAUGCAUUGUGGACGGUUGUAUCAAGGUCUUUCCAUUUAACACAGAGCUUUAUGGAGAAAUUGCACGAGAAUUUCAGGAUUUCUCCAAGGUUUGCCCUUUGACCUUGAUCGGAUACACACCUAACCCGGACAAUUACAGGAUAUUUGUCGGGGUGUACGAAGUUUCCUGCAGUCUGGCUGUACUCUUCUCCAGUGAAAUAAAAACUGUAGCCACUGGGAUUCUGGCUCUUAUUUCCGGUGGUGCUAUUUUUACCCACAUUGCACUUGGGGAUACUACUUCCGCCAUACCACCUGCUGUGACGGGAAUGUUGUUCUUGUUUUUGUAUAUCAGGGCUUAUAUGGCAUCUAUGGAGUCGACACCAAAACAGUCCAAAUACAAAGUACCAAAGAAACUCAAAACCAAAUGAAUAAUUUGUU